AUGAACGGUCCACAACUCCCUAUAAAGACUGGCACUGAUGGUGUUGUCACUCCCAAGUCUGAAGCUGAAUGGAAUGAAGUUGAACAGAAUGAAGAUGACAAGAAAAAUGUGAAACUCAAUGCCAGAGCUAUCAACAUGUUAAACUGUGCAAUCAGUUUUGAGGAAUACCGAAAAGUUUUAAGAUGCAAAACAACAAAGCAGAUCUGGAAUAAGCUCCAAGUCACACACGAAGGCACUACUCAAGUCAAGCAAACUAGAAUUGACAUGCUAUAUAAAGAAUAUGAGAUGUCCUCUAUAAAGGAAGGAGAGUCCAUUGAUGAUAUGUUUGAAAGGUUCUCUUUCAUCAUUAACGGCUUAGAUACUAUAGGGAUUACAGACUCUGAACAAGUGCUAGUGAGGAAGGUCCUAUGGAGUCUUACUAAAGAGUGA